AUGAAGCAAAAGAUGUAUAGCUGGGACGAGUGCAUGAAGCUGCGGGAAAUCCAAUCCCUCAGGCAGCUCAUUCACCCCAACAUUGUCAAACUAAAAGAAGUGAUCAGAGAAAAUGACGAGCUCCACAUGGUUUUUGAGAUGAUGGAGGCUAACUUGUACGAGUUCAUGAAAUCCCGGGUGCGCUCCUUGCCCGAGUCGAAGAUCCGAAACAUAAUGUUUCAGACCAUGCAGGGAUUGCACUUCGUGCACAAAACUGGAUACUUCCACAGGGAUAUGAAGCCAGAGAAUGUGUUGAUUUCCGGCGACACGGUGAAGCUGGCCGAUUUCGGGCUGGCGCGGCAGAUUCGAGCUCGUCCACCGUUCACAGACUAUGUCUCGACACGAUGGUACCGAGCUCCAGAGGUUUUGUUGCGAAGUUCUACCUACAACUCGCCCAUUGAUCUUUGGGCGUGCGGCGGCAUCAUGGCCGAACUGUACACACUACGACCCUUAUUUCCGGGGUCAUCAGAAUCAGACGAGCUCUACAAGAUAUGCUCGGUUCUUGGGACACCAACAGCAGCGAGCUGGCCGGAUGGCUUCAAGCUUGCAUCGCAGAUAAACUAUCGAUUCCCACAGUUCGUCCCAACGAAGCUCGAGACUUUGGUGCCUCAGUCCAAUUCUGAUGGCAUUAACAUCAUGCUGGCCAUGAUGAGUUGGGAUCCUGCAAAAAGACCUUCGACUGCGCAAGUUUUGAAACAUCCCUAUUUCGAAGUGGCGCUGAACGAGUCCCAGCAGACUCCUGCCUCUCAGCUUCCUCAUCUGCCAGCGGGCGGUUCACAGGAGCCAGCGCCAGCUCGCGCCCCGAUGCCUUCGUCGAAGCCUCCUGCACCGCUUGCUGCGCAGGUUGGCCAGGUGACAUCCAAUGGAUUUUCCGGCACGCGAGGAAGUUGGAAAGGAGAUGGCAGCCAUCCCAGCACGGGCAGACACUCCGGCAAGGAGAACGCGAAUGGCUCCAAGGGCUUUAACUUGCCACCCCUGAGGGGUGAAGGCCACAGCUCCAGCGCGAAGAAAAGCCCUGGCGCCCGCUAUUUGAAGAUGGCACGCUACCAGCCAGGCAUGCAGCAACCGCUGGUGCCGCCGCAGUUGCCGGCACCACACGGGGGCAUUGGGGCGGCACUUCCCCCGAUCAUGCGCAAGGAUCCUGCAUUGCCGGAAAACGGCGGCAAGCAGAGUUACUUCGGGGCACAUGAUGUGGAGUGGUGCAUGGAGUCGUUUCACUGCCAUGCUGCCAGUGCCUGCAAAUUUGGGCGCUUUGGCUCAUGGCAGUUCGUUUUCGUGGCGAGAUCCAUGCCCUUCGUCUCACUCGAGGGCAACCAACAACAGCACACUAAGUCCAUAGAGCCGAGCUCGAACGAUGAUCGCCGAGAGUCGAAUGGACGACUCGAGGAUCCUAUCAUGCAGACCGGAACGCUUCUGUCAGUGCAGCCUCGUGCUCUCCUUGUGACAGGAGUGUGUUUUGCGCUCUACUUUGGCCUUUGGCAGCGGACUUCCUUCCUCGCCAGGCCUGCCAGGUGGAGUGACACAAGAAGAAUCAGGAGGGUACCGUUGCAAUGUUCGGGAACACGGGAUUCCGAUGGCCUGAACAUGGCGAAACUGGACGAGUUGGCGCAUAGAUUCAACGACAGGCCCAUGGGAGGAAUGGAUGCCGAAGCGUGGGACUCACGCAGCACAGGUACAUCACCCCCGGACUGCUAA